GGUCAAUAAAUAAAUAUAAAAAAUUAUAAUAAUAAAAUUAUACUCCCUCCGUCCGGGAAUGAUAGUCCCAUUGUACGUUUUUCUCUGUCCGGAAAUGAUGUUCCCAUUGUACGCUUUUUCCUCUAUUCUCCCUAAAAUACCCCUCUCAUUUAAUAUCCUCACAUUCACUCCUCCUAUCUACCCAACCCGCCCACCUCCCCAAUUAAACUCUCUCGCCCCUCUUUAGAUCUAAUCUACUCUCUCUCUGUCGGUUCUUCUUCUCUCCCAAUCCCUAGAUUACAAUCGUUCCUCUCCCAGAUCUAUACAUCUCUGCCUGAAUUCAUGGAAUCUGAAUACUUUCUUUACGAUUCCAUCAUCCCUGAGACAGAAUUUCAGGACAUUGGAGUUGAGGACGAUGUGAUUCACCUAUCUUCCACCUCUGACGCGAAGAAGGAGGACGAGGUCAUCGUCAUCCACAGCGAUGACGAUGAUGCCGAUGUUGCCCCGGUCAGAGAUAAGAACGCGGUCAUCGUCCUUGACUCUGAUGAAGAUUCACUGUUUGGGAGCGAGGAAGAUGGCAAUUUUGAGGAUGUAGAGGGGUCUGAAUUUCUUGAGAAUCAGACUUCUCCAUCCAUGAACUCAUGCAUGCACCUCCACAUCGAUCUGCUGAACAUAUUAAUGCCCACCCCGGAUCCUAACUUUUGGGCAUCACAGUACAAGUAGGGAAGUUCCUUUCCUUUC